AUGCUCAUCCUCAUGCUCAUCCUCAUGCUCAUCCUCAUGCUCAUCCUCAUGCUCAUCCUCAUCCUCAUGCUCAUCCUCAUGCUCAUCCUCAUGCUCAUCCUCAUGCUCAUCCUCAUCCUCAUGCUCAUCCUCAUGCUCAUCCUCAUGCUCAUCCUCAUGCUCAUCCUCAUCCUCAUCCUCAUGCUCAUCCUCAUCCUCAUCCUCAUCCUCAUCCUCAUGCUCAUGCUCUACCCAGCCGGCAGCAAGACUGACCGUCCCACUCAAAACUCCUUCCCCCUUUGUUCUUACCUCCGUUCCUAUUCCCUCCCCCCCCAUGGCCAUCAGCUAGAGGCGUUCCCAACGGUCAUGCUCUACCCGGCCGGCAGCAAAUCCCAACCAGUAAGCCCCCGUCUCGUGUGCCUCCGUGUGUCCUCUCGUCCUUGCUCUUGCCACCUCGCCCACAUGUUGCUCUUGCCACCUCGCCCACAUGUUGCUCUUGCCACCUCGCCCACAUGUGACAGAGAAGACCAGUUGGUGCGGGGGAAGCACAUGGUGCUCUCUCGCUCAUACUGCCCUCUCACCUCCCACUGCCUCCUAUGCAUGCCCCAUUUCCCCACAUCCCCCCCCCCCCCCUCCUUCCCCCCCCCCCUCCUUCCCCCCUCCCUCCUUCCCCCCUCCCUCCUUCCCCCCUCCCUUCCCCCUCCUCCUUAUUGCUGUGUGCUGCCCCCUCAGGUGACAGUAGAGGACAGGCUAGUGCGGUGGAAGCACAUGGUGGGCACACUCAGGAAGCAUGCUGGCACUGCACUGCACCUGCCUGAAAACCUGGAGGAGGAGGUGGAGGAGCAGGGAGAGGAGUAUGAGAAGCAGAGGAGGAAGGAGGCUGCAGCGGAGCAGGCAAGGCGAGAAGCAGGAGACGUGAAGGACGAGCUGUGA